UUUAUAAAGACUCUUUCCAGUGUUUUCAAUACAAAUCGUCCUCUCUCUUUCUUUUUUCUGCUUUGCUUAUGAGAGAUGGAGCUGGGUUUGAGCUUGGGAGAAUCGUCCAGGCCGCCGUUUGGGUUCCUGGCAAAGGAUCGAGGCGUAAGAGCCACCGGCAACGGCGGCCUGGGUCUGGCCCUGGGCUUCAGCUCCAACGGAAAACAACCUGAGAGCGGGCAAGCAAGCGGUGUACGCGAUGAUGGCGAUAAAUCAGAAGAAGCCACAAAGAGAGGCUCAAGAAAUGGCGAUCAUCAUCACCACCCUCUCCAGCUUGAUCUCCUCCCUCUCGCUCCUGUUUCUCGCCACAGUUCUUCCCAUCAACCGGGGCUGUCUUGGCCUUCCGAUAAUGGGAGUUCGGAAGGGGGUUCAUCGGGGAUGAGGGGCCUGGACGUGAAUAGGCUUCCGCCGCCGCCGCCGCAGGAUCCGGAGGAUGGGGCGGCGGUGUCUUCACCCAACAGCGUGGCGUCGUCGUUUCGGAUGGAUUUCUGCAUGUAUAGAGGCGCCGGCGGGAGCGCCGGAGCCGGAAGCAAGAGGGACUCGGAAGCCGCCGGCAACGACAGCACAGAGGGCGAGAGAGUGGGCUGCAGAAACAGCGAUGACGACGACAACGGCCUCACCCGCAAGAAGCUCCGACUCUCCAAGGAGCAAUCUGCUUAUCUUGAAGAGAGCUUCAAAGAACAUAGUACCCUUAAUCCCAAGCAAAAGAUUGCGCUUGCAAAACAGCUUAAUCUUCGUCCACGCCAAGUGGAGGUCUGGUUUCAGAAUAGAAGAGCAAGGACGAAGUUGAAGCAAACGGAGGUGGAUUGCGAGUACUUGAAGAGAUGCUGCGAGACGCUAACAGAAGAGAACAGAAGGCUCCACAAAGAGCUCCAAGAACUAAGGGCUCUGAAAACUUCAACCCCAUUUUACAUGCAGCUUCCGGCUACCACCCUCACCAUGUGCCCCUCCUGCGAGCGCGUCGCCACCACCACCACCACCACUACCACCUCCGCCACAGCCGCAGCGAACUCCGGCGAUCCAUCUCCCAAAGCUGCUGGCCCUUUUCCUCUCUCCCGGCCCAGGUUCUACCCUUUCUCUCAACCUCACCAAUCUGCAGCUUCGUAAAAGAGGCAAGACAUGUUGCCAUGGAUAGAGGUGUAAAUAUACUGGAAAGCCGAAAGCUUUGACUGGUUUUGCUCCAGAUCGAUCAUGGUUGGUAGAUAAAGGUUUUGACAAUGAUAUAGGGCUUGUUUGAGGAUGGUUUGUGAGUUUCUGAAUCCUUAAUUAUUCCCCCUUCUCUGUGAAUCUGGCAAGGGAUACACUUUAGAUGUCAAAAAAAGAACAGAUAUCAAGUAGUAGAAGAGAUCAGUUCAAAGUUCCCCCUCAUUUUCCUUCGUUUUCUUGGGAAGUAAAGAAAAGCCGGGGAAGCAGAAGAAAAUACAGAACCAACAACUUUUGUAUCUUUUAAUCGAUAUUAUUAUUGUUAAUUGUUAUUGUGUUUAAUUAA